CACUCUAACACAAACUGCUGCUCGCACCGCCGUCGUGUUCUUCAACCCCUCCGCCGUCGGCCGCCGCCUCCCCCUCCCCUUCCGGCUCGAUGGGCGGAGGAACAGGGCACAUGACCCGGUCGGACUCCCCCGUCUCUCGCCGCAUCGUCCUCUCCUUCCUCGAUUUCCUCAACUCCGUUGAGUUAUCUCCUGAGGUUGAUCCUGAAGCUCUUGAAGUCGCAAGGGAUUGUCUGGAAUCCAUUUUUAGUAUCAACUCAUCAUCGACUGCCGAGGGGAUACAGCCAGGGUUGUUGCUUGAACUCUUUACCUCUCCAGAAGCUAAUGGACAAUAUAAGUCAAGACCAGACCCAGUGCCACAAUCUUUUUCAAACAAACCCUCUUGCAGUGCAAGUACUUCCAGUCUCCAAGGAGAGUCAACUAAAUGUACAACAUCAAAUAGUGAAGGCCAAGCGGAAGAUACCUUUGACCUAGAUAUUUCAGGAGACGAGCUAUUUGCAAAAUUCUAUGCCGCACUUGAUGAAAUAAAUUUCUUUAAGACAUCGCCAGCUGGAGCUGAAGAUGCUGAUCAACUUUCACAAGCAUCACAACUCUUCGAGGACGCAUUGCUGGUGGUGCGCAAUUCAGGAAGGAACAUGGCAAGCUUAGUAGACCUUGCAGAGUUCUUUAAAUCUAAAGGUAAUGACUUCAUGAGGACAAAAGAACACCUAAAAGCUGUAGAACUGUACACCGGUGCUAUCGCACUGAGCAGAACAAAUGCCAUUUACUAUUGUAACAGGGCUGCUGCAUAUACCCUUCUUAAUAUGUGCAAUGAAGCUGUUACGGAUUGCCUGAAGUCAAUUGAAAUUGAUCCCAACUACAGCAAAGCCUAUAGCCGACUCGGAUCUGCUUAUUUUGCCAUGGGGAACUUCCAUGAUGCUUUAUAUAAGGGAUACUUGAAAGCCUCCCAGCUUGAGCCUAGUAAUGAAAAUGUUCGACUGAAUAUUGAGGCUACCAGAAGGAAGCUGGCUGAACAGCGAGCUGCACCAGGACAGAAUACACAUGCACGCCAAGGCCAAGAAUCACAUCCACGGUUUACUGGCCAGACUAGCAGUGGUAUGCCUUUCACAUUAUUCCCCCCUGGAAGUGCUCCUAAUCCGGAAUUCUUGGCCAAUAUCAUCAAUCGUGGGUCUGGUCCUGGUCAACAUUCCGUAAACAUAAAUUUGAAUGACUAUUUUGGUCAGACAACUGUCAAUGGGAAUGGUCAAGGAUCAACGACUGGGAAUUCAGGCAACCAUCCAUCAGCUUCUUUCCCAACCAAUGCUGCAGUCCCUCCUGCCUUCUCCUUCAUGGGCCCUGGUUCUGAAGCAAAUAUAGCACAGCAAGCUUCAGGUGGACAUGCUGGAGAACAUGGUCAACCAGAUGCCCACACGGAUGCUAGCAUCCACAUAAAUGUGGCAGGACCAGAGCAGGCCACUGAGGCUUUGAGAGCAGUGAUGCAGAUGUUUGGACAACAGAUGGGCCCAAAUGAAGGUGCACCUGGAGGGCCAGGUUCGACUUGAGAAACAAGAAAAUGUGUUAAUGUCGUUCAUAGUUGAAGUCUUAUAUGUGUAUGUUCGCUGUUCAAACAUCGGUUCUUGAAACUUAUCCUGGGCACCUUAUGUCUGUUCUAUGCUUUCUCUCUGCAUCCAAGCGUCAACGUGUCAUUCAUGGGCACAUGCGGCUUGUUCGAUGGAAUUUAGCAAUGAUGCUAGAAUUAAAAUGCUAUCAUUCAUGGACCUCAUUAUGGUGUCUGUUUGACCGUUUUAUUUGCAGGCCUGCUAUGCUUUCUUAAAACUGAAAAGCCAUGGUUUAGCAUAGAUUUGGGCCUGCGGGUUGACAGUUGCUACAUGCAAAAUCUUUCUAGCUAUUGCAUUGAACUCUAUACUGUGAUCCAGUGUGUAUCGGUGUAUGUACUAUGUUGUCAAUUGCAAUUACCUGUGCAUCUUUGAGCUGAGCCA